AGGGACCACAUGGCUGCACGACACUCCUUCACCCCCCUCUCGACACGCCCCCUUGGUCUCCCAGCAGCAAAAGUCACCGUUCCACACACCCAAAUACUCUCAAAUUAAAAAGUUUACACGAAAUAACUAUGAGUAACUAUCGCGUGCGCCAACGUGCCGUGGAUGUCAACGACACGAAACUCUUCAUAGACACUGGACCUCGGCCUGUAAAUCACCAGCCUUACUUACAAAGGGACCCGCAGCCGGAGAGUUCCGGUGAUGAGCUGACGGAGGGUCGGGCGUGGACGCUGCUGGCGGUAUCAGUCGCGCUGCUGAUUGCAGGCGUGUGGUUGGUCCGCGGCAACCACUACGCGCACUUACACCGUCGUGUGGAGGCAGCAUACUUCGAAUACCUCCAGGAGUGGGAUGCGCAGCAUGCGGCCGUGUUCGCCGCCAGCGAGUGGCGGCUGGAGGUGGAGGGGCACAGCGACAGCGUGCCACUGCUCCCACACACCUUCAAGUCCAAACGCGUGGCCGUGCCCGCCGCAGCGUCCGGCCCGGCCGCAGGCUCCCCCCACGACCACAGUGCCACCACCCACACCACCACCAGCAACACCCACACCACCACCCACACCACCACCCACACCAUCACCAGCAACACCACCCACACCACCACCAGCAACACCAACAGUAGCAGCAGCCGGCGGCGAGGUGCGCAGUCCCGGCUGCAAGAAUUCCGAGCCGAUAAGCUGCUGCCGCUGUUGUUCCCGGCGCUCAAGUCCGCGCCGCUGCUAGACCAGCACAAGGUGGCGCACAGCAAGGGCGCGCUGUGGCGGCCCGUGGUGCCCGAGCUCCGGCGCGCCCGCGGCAUGAUACUCGUAGCCAAGGACGGGGCCACGGGGGCCGAGUCGCGGCUGGACCUGGGCCGGGUGGUGUUCGCGCGCGAGCGCAUCGUGCCGGCGGGCGGCGAGGGGCGCUGCAUGUACGACCAAAAGGGCGUGUGGCAGGCGGACAACACGUGCGGCGUGCACGAGUACCUGUGGGCGCUGUGCAUCAAGGUGUCUCGGGACCCUGCCACCGGGCGCUAUGCCGCCGACACGGAGCUGGGCGGCGGGCCGGGCUGCAGCGACGAGUCGGGCUGGGAGCUGGGCCACUGGCGGCGGCUGGACCCGCGCAAUGGCCGCGUCAACGGCCGCCUGUACCUGCCCAGCGCCGCACGCAACGCCACCACCAUCACCGUCAAGCACACGCGCGACCCAUCCGUGCGUGAGCGGGACAUCAUGCGGCGGACGGCGCCCAACAUGGAGCACCAAAUCCUCUUCCACGCACUGGGCAUGGCCAUGUGCUUCCUGGGGGCGGUGGUGCUGCUGUCAGUGGGCGCCUUCGCAGCGCCCAAGCUGCUGCGCCGCCUGGGGCUGUGGCGGGGAGAGGCGGGUCGAAAGAAGGGGCGGCGCUAUGGCGGCAAGGACUCGGAUGACGAGAUGCAUUGACGGCUCUUGGCCUAGGCGCGUCAGUGUGCUGGGUGUCGCGAAGCUGGGCUGCAUGAAUGCAUGCAAGCACGGAAGCACGCGGGCUGCGGGGCGUGAAGUACGUGAACCCGUUACGGCAGUGGGACAAUCGUGUCGUGGUUAGAUAGGCACAGCGGCACAGUUGGUCUAGUAGCGAGGAUUGUGGCUGCCUGCAGCGUCCUGGUAUGGGAGCCGGGAUUAUUGUUGAGUUCAGGACUUCAGGCAGCCUUUGCCAUGGCAUCCCUUUAAUUGUUACAACAGUCCA